AGACUCUUGUCCUGUCUGUGAUCAUCACCGGAGCUGUUUCUGCCCUGACGAUGACGGUGUCUCCGGUCGUCACUGUGUCCAGAGGAGAAGACGCUGUCCUCAACUGCUCCUUCACUCACGGACCGAAGGGCUAUUCAGGGAAGAUCACCGUCAAAUGGCUGGCGAGAGAUCCAAAAACCGAACCGUUCUUUAAAUGUUCAGUUACAAAUGACUCAAUGGAAGCAGCCAAUGAGUGUUCAGGGUCUGGAUUAAAAUACUCCCUGGAUGGAGAUCCUCGGCGGGGGCAGCUGUCACUCCUCAUCAGGAAGGUAGAGCUGCUGGAUAACGGCACUUUCUUCUGCCGAGUGGAGCUGGACAGGGGAAAGAAUUCGGAAAAAAAGAUUGAUCUUUUUGUUGAACUUGCACCACAGAUUCCAAACCUGUCGGUGGUGGAGGCGCCCUGCGGCUCGGACAGCACCCCCCGGUCACUGAGGUGUGAAGUGGAGGGUCACCCGCUGCCUAAAGUUGUCUAUCUGUCGGUCACCAAACGCUUGUUGGAGGUCCAGGUCCAGACCUUAGUGAUUGGCCCGUACAGUCGGACCACCUGUAUCCCCUACCUGCAGGAGCAGGAGGAGGAGGUUACCUGCAGGGCGGAGAGCAGGCUGGGCGAAGCAGAGAGGACGUAUCCAACCACUAAUCACCUGAUGAUCAUUCUGACUGUGUGCGGCGUCGUCGUGCUGCUGCUGCUGCUGCUGUCGGCAGGAAUCACCAUCUACUGCCUGAAAACACGAAAUCCUCCACCGCAGGACUCCGAGCCUCCAGCUGCCCGAGAGAUUGAGACGGUUUAUUCAGAGCUGACCAUCGUCGAGCUUCCACAUGGGAACUCCGUUCAGCAGCGUGAAGAAGCAGGUGUCAUUUAUUCUUUGAGCGUCCACUGAUGCAGAAAGACGUCCUCUGACAGUUGAGCAGGUUUUUCUCAGGAAACUAAAACCCUUCACCGUCUGAAGAAAGAUUUUCUUACUUUUUAGGAAUUUUGUGUCUUACGUUGGUCAUUUUUCAUUUUCAUCUCAUUUAGGUUGUGUUGCACAUGUUUGGGAUUCGUUUGUGUAAUUUUUGUUCUUAUUGUAAUUGUUUACCGUAAUUCUUCAUCUGUUUUGGGCUGAUUUGCUCACAUUGUGUCAAAUUCUAGUCACCUGGCAGCUCUUCUUUUGUAUCAGCUUUAUUUCCUCUUAUGUAUCUCAGUUCCAUCGUUUACAUCACGUUGAGGUCAUUUCAUGUUUUAUUUUGAUAAUUAUUUGUCUCAUUGUGGUUAUUUGGUGCUUCAUUCCAGUCGUUUUGUGUGUCUUUGUUGUCACUUUGUGCCAUUUAUUUUCCUAUUUUAGUGAUUUAGUGUCACUUUCUGUCUCUUUGACAUUGUUUUUGGUGUCAUUUUGAAAAGCUCUCUCUUGAACUUGUUGUUUCCUGGCUGCUGUGCCAUGAAAGCUGUCUCUGGCUCCGUUGACCCUCUGUGGUCUGCUGAGCGGCUGCUGCUGUGGUGCACAUGAGGCUUCACCUGUGGCCUGCAGACUCAGUCAGGAACUUUCAGAAGCUGCUGCAGGUUUCAUCUUCACUUCAUGCUGCUUCUUGUGUGGCUGUGUGGGUGUGUGUUUCCGCUGGUGUGUGUUUAACCACUUUGUGGCCACAGGAUGUGGUUGUAAGUGUGAAGAACAUGUUGCUGCGUCUCCAUGGCGACAAACAACAAUGCUAAAGAAAUAACUGCUGUGGUGGACAGAAGCAGUUUCUGUUGCUCGGAGGUGU